CACCUGUCUCUAGCUUCGAGCUCAUCGUUCCCAGAGCCCGUUACCCCCCGUCUCGUCGUCGUCCCCGUCGUCCUCGCCGCCCACUUUUUGUCGUCCACAUCUAUCUGGACCAGUUCUGCUAAUAUCGUCGCUUUGCUGGCACAGGUCCAUUAUUAGCGUGCCAUUUCACACGCUCGUCCCUACAUUCAUCUUCCUGUUGUUUCGCAAGAAUCGCAGAGACUUUUGGGUUAUCUCUACUGAUUCUUAUACUCUCUUACUCUUUUCCCUCCAGUAACUGGCUUAAAUCAUGGCCCAACCACAAGGUGAUAUUCAAGAAAGAAUCGCUGCGGCGCGUCGUGAGGCGGAGGUUCUGAAGGAGAAAAUUCGUGCAAGCAGAGAAGCAUCAGCAGAUACAAGUUUGCGAGCUAUGGCUGCAGAAGUUGAUACUCUCCCUCGAAUCGUCAUGCGACCUCGACGUGCGCUAAAAGGUCAUCUUGCAAAAAUCUACGCCAUGCACUGGGCUGCAGAUCGCAGACAUCUCGUCUCUGCCUCGCAGGACGGAAAACUUAUCGUUUGGGACGCCUACACAACAAAUAAAGUUCACGCCAUUCCACUUCGGUCUAGCUGGGUCAUGACCUGCGCUUACUCGCCUUCAGGCAACUUUGUGGCUUGUGGUGGUCUGGAUAACAUCUGCUCAAUUUAUAACCUCAACAGCAAAGAGGCCAACGGCGUCAAAGGCGGCCGAGAGCUUAGCGCCCACUCUGGUUAUCUCAGCUGCUGCCGAUUCAUUAACGACAGACAAAUCGUCACUAGCUCCGGCGACAUGACUUGUAUGUUGUGGGAUAUCGAAGCUGGUGUUCGCGUAGUCGAAUUCAGCGACCACACUGGGGAUGUGAUGAGUUUAUCGCUAGGACCCAAUCAGAAUGUCUUCGUGUCUGGUGCCUGUGAUGCAACCGCAAAACUUUGGGACAUCCGGAGCGGUCGAGCUACACAGACUUUUACUGGUCAUGAGUCGGACAUCAAUGCCGUGCAGUUCUUCCCCAACGGCGAUGCAUUCGCCACCGGAUCCGAUGAUGCUUCCUGUCGCUUGUUUGACAUCCGAGCCGAUCGAGAGUUAAACAGCUUCACACACGACAACAUUCUCUGUGGUAUCACCUCAGUCGCCUUCUCCAUUUCAGGACGUAUCCUCUUUGGUGGUUAUGACGACUGGACAUGUAACGUCUGGGAUACGCUGAGAGGCGAGCGUGUAGGUGUUUUAACUGGCCAUGAAAACCGAGUCAGCUGUUUGGGAGUAAGCGUAGAUGGAAUGGCUCUUUGCACUGGUAGUUGGGACAGCACCCUCAGGGUUUGGGCAUAACGUGACCCGGUCCCCGAUACUUACAAAUACCCUUCUUGCCUCAUUGCAUGCUACUUCUUUCCGUUUUCUCGUAAUGUCGUCCCUUUUCCUUGACUUUUCCGGCGCCAGUAUCUGUCAUUUUAUAUCCUUACUCUAUUGCUCACCUGCGUGCAGUCAUUGGCAUGGACGCCUCGAGUCGGUCUCUACAGAAUAUCAUUAGCCUUUAUACGUAGGCAUGGUUCCAUUUUCCUUGUGGUAUACAUAUAUUGUCUCGUUAUCAGGUUAUCUGUUGCUACCCAAUUCUUCUCUUCAAUGCUCUUUCGCCAUCUGCGACCACCUGGAUCCCGUAUAUACUUCCGAAAUCAAAUUCAUAUUAAAACUCGUUUGUAGUAUUUUACAUCGACGUUCAUUGAAAAUGCGGGCGUCUUGUUGCUACUG